ACAGCGGCGGCCAUGGCGUCUCCCCGGGCUUCUCCGCUCUUCCUCCUGCGGCUGCUCGUCUUCUCCUUCUCCGCCCUCCCGCCUCCCCCGGCGGCCGCCGUCUACGAGGACCAAGUGGGCAAGUUCGACUGGAGGCAGCAAUAUCUUGGCAAGAUCAAGUUUGCCUCCUUAGAGUCUUCGCAGGGCUCCAAGAAACUCAUUGUGGCCACGGAGAAGAAUGUGAUGGCCGCUUUGAAUUCCAGGACAGGAGACAUCCUGUGGCGUCACGUGGACAAAGGAACUCCUGAAGGGGCGGUAGAUGCUAUGCUGAUCCAUGGACAAGAUGCCAUCACUGUUUCCAACGGAGGCCACAUCCUGCGCUCUUGGGAGACCAACAUCGGGGGGUUGAACUGGGAGAUUUCGAUGGACGCAGGCAGUUUUCAGACGGCUAGUUUGGUGGGGCUGCAGGACGCCGUGAAAUACGUGGCAGUGUUGAAGAAAAGCGCUCUCUCGCUUCACUACCUCUCCAACGGUCACCAGAAGUGGGUGGAGCACUUACCAGACAGUGAGAUUGUCCAGUAUCAGCUGGUGUAUUCGCACGGAACGGGGGUCGUGCACGUCGUUGGGGUCACUUCCCAGAACCAUUUGAGUGUCAUCACCUUCAACGUCGAGGACGGGGAAAUUACAAGACAGGUUAGGGUGCCGGCCCCCUGGCUACGGAAGCUGAGUGAGGCUUGCGGCGUGGCCGGCGAGGGCGUCCUGGUGUGCGCGGACGGGGACACCCACUCGCUUUACACCUUGUCCCUGGGCGUGGGGGAAGAGGCGAAGCAGGUCCCGCUGCAGUCCCUUGGCCUGGAAUGGACCGACGGCUUCCAGCCCCGCUUGCUGCCCUCUCAGCCCAACGCCGCCGGCGCUUCCCGCACUCAGUUCUUCCUGCGGCUGGGCCCCGGCCACUUCGCCCUGCUGCAGUAUCGGAACGGCGUGCCCAGCCUCCUCCGGGACUUCCCGCAGGCUGGCCUGGCGACCUUUGCCACCACCAACGAGAAGACGGUAGCUGCAGUCCUCACGUGCAAGGGCGAAGCGGAGUCCUUACCCUGCCACAACCAAUCCUAUGCAGUGAAUUUGUACUUGGCUGAAACUGGGCAGAGACUGCUGGAUACCGUCAUCUCGUUCACCUUGGAGAAAAGCAGCACCCGGCCUGAGCAGCUUUAUAUCCAAGUCUUUUUGAAGAAAGACGACUCGGUGGGCUACAGGGCUCUAGUGCAAACAGCUGAUCAUAUGCUCCUGUUCCUUCAGCAGCCAGGAAAGGUUCUGUGGAGCAGAGAAGAGUCCUUGGCCGAAGUGGUGAGUUUACAGAUGGUGGACCUGCCGCUGACGGGUGCCCAGGCGGAACUGGAGGGCGAAUUUGGAAAGAAAGCAGAUGGCUUACUGGGCAUGUUGCUCAAGCGUUUGUCCUCCCAGCUCAUCCUGCUGCAGGCCUGGACGGCUCACCUGUGGAAGUCCUUCUACGACGCCCGCAAACCCCGGAGCCAGAUCAAGAAUGAGGUGAACAUCGACAACUUGGCCCGGGAUGAGUUUAACUUGCAGAAGAUGAUCGUGGUGGUCACGGCCUCUGGAAAGCUGUUUGGCAUCGAAAGCAGCUCCGGGACGAUCCUGUGGAAGCAGUACCUCCAGGACGUGAAGCCGGGCUCCUCCUUCAAGCUGAUGGUCCAGAGGACGACCGCUCACUUCCCCCACCCUCCCCAGUGCACCCUGCUGGUCAAGGACAAGGAGACUGGCAUGAGCUCCCUCUACGUCUUCAACCCCAUCUUUGGGAGGUGGAGCCAGGUGGCCCCUCCGGUGCUGGACCGGCCCAUUCUCCAGUCACUGCUGCUGCCCAUCAUGGACCAGGACUACGCCAAAGUGCUGCUGCUGAUUGACGACGAGUACAAGGUGACGGUGUUUCCCGCGACGAGGAACGUCCUCCGGCAACUGGAAGAAAUGGCGCCCUCGGUCUCUUUUUAUUUAGCGGACUCCGAGCAGGGCAGGCUGAUGGGGCGGAGGUUGCGAAAGGACCUGACGACGGAAGAGAGCUGGGAGAUCAGCAUCCCUGCCGACGUGCAGCGGAUCGUGACCGUGAAGGGGAAGCGGGCCAACGAGCACGUCCAUUCCCAGGGCCGGGUGAUGGGAGACCGCAGCGUGCUUUACAAGUCGCUGAACCCGAACCUGCUGGCAGUGGUGACGGAGAGCACCGACACCCACCAGGAGCGCACGUUCAUCGGCAUCUACUUGAUCGACGGCGUCACCGGCCGGAUCAUCCACUCCUCGGUGCAGAAGAAGGCCAAGGGGCCGGUGCACAUCGUCCACUCGGAGAACUGGGUGGUGUACCAGUACUGGAACGCAAAAGCCCGCCGCAACGAGUUCACCGUGCUGGAGCUGUACGAGGGGACGGAGCAAUACAACGCCACGGCCUUCAGCUCCCUCGACCGGCCGCUGUUGCCUCAGGUCCUCCAGCAGUCUUACAUCUUCCCCUCGGCCAUCAGCGCCAUGGAGGUCACCAUCACCGAACGGGGCAUCACCACCCGCCACUUGCUGAUUGGACUUCCCUCCGGUGCGAUCCUUUCGCUCCCCAAGGCUUUGUUAGACCCACGGCGGCCGGAAAUCCCGACAGAGCAAACUAGGGAAGAAAACCUGAUGCCCUAUUCCCCCGAUGUGCAAAUCCACGCCGAGAGGUUCAUCAACUACAACCAGACAAUCUCACGCAUGAGAGGCAUCUACACCGCCCCGUCGGGCCUUGAGUCCACGUGUCUGGUCGUUGCGUAUGGACUGGACAUCUACCAGACCCGUGUCUACCCGUCCAAGCAGUUUGACGUCCUGAAAGACGAUUACGAUUACGUCUUGAUCAGCAGCGUCCUCUUUGGGCUGGUCUUUGCCACCAUGAUCACCAAGAGGCUGGCUCAGGUGAAGCUGCUCAACCGUGCAUGGCGGUAACGAGAGAUGCAGAGACCAGCCUGCCGGGCGGGACAACGAAAGACCAGACACAGGCGACCCGGCUGUGUCAGCGGUUAAAUACGUGCUACUGGUUGCCCUCUGGUGGAAGAGAGAACUGUAGGGUUCUUCCUUUUAUUUAUUUUUGGCUGUCUUGUCUGCUGGAAAAGUCUGCUAAGCUUGAAUCUCCUGUGGAAAACAAGAAAUUCCGGGAAUAUAGUCUAUGAAACAGGAGAUCGUGAAACUAUCCCCCCCCUUGCCCUGUCCCCGGUUUCAACGGCAACAGAUUCUUUCUUUUUAAAAAGCGUUUCAUGUGUCACCCCUGCAAGUUGAUUGAAACUCAACUCUCCAUUUGAGUUUCGUUGGGGGAGAACUUUGAUUUACAAAGAUGUUAUAAAUAUGUGGGGAGAGAAGCCAAGCAUAGGGAAAUUUGAGCGAUGAAUGCUCAUAAAAAUGGACAUUAAGUCAAAGUAGAUCCGUUUGGCCUUUAAUAGCUCCGGGAAGAGAAGAAGCAACUUGUACCAUCGAAUGUUCUUUUGGCUGCACUGAAAGUUCCCUCCCCGUUUUAACCUGUUCCUGUGGCACAAGACUUCACCAUUUGGAUCUGUGAUGUUUCAUCUCUUUGCUCCGGCAAGCCUUGGUUUAAAUUUUAUAAAUUAUACUGAUCUUCGUAGUAAAACGUGACUGUUGGGAUUUAAAAACAUGUCCCCAUAUUUGGGUUAAUGGGAGUACUUGAAGCUAGUCUAAAAAUAACACAAGUGUUUGAAGUUCUGAACGAAAGUUCCAUGUCUUUUUGUGGGUGGGUGUGUUGAUUCUUUGCUGUUGGCUUAAUAUGAAGCAUCUAUGAGUUUCCUGCUGAUUUGAAUUUGGACCCGUGUCUCUCCCGCGAACAGUGGAAUGCAGCACUUGACAGGAAUUUGGGGAUUGUUUAUUGUAUGGCUCAUUAAAGUCGGGAUGGUGGUGUAAAUCCUGCGUUCUCGGUGUGGAAAAGUGUGCCACGAUUUUGUAUUCCUCUCGAGAGGAACAUGCAGCCAUUCCGGGACAGAAGCAUCCCAGAUCAGUCAUACCAAUAAAAACAUCAACACACAA